AUGACCCAUCCUACCUCUGUUUGGUGGGCAUCAAUGUUGAUGCUUGCAGAGUCAGCUGCUAUACAACAGAGCCAGUUGUCACCAGAUGAAUUCAAUGUGUGCAUGGUGAGGGUGGAGGUUUUUGUGGGUGACCCAGCUGCUGUCAUGAUUAAGUUGUAUGACCAAGCAGUUAACCACCAUCCUGAGUGGCAAAUUACCUCGGCAUGUGUAAUUCUGGAUGAUGUCCCAUUCCAAAGUUCAAUUUGCAUGUUCAAGUUGUCUGUGCUCUCGAGGUGCAUCUGCUAUAUAGAGGUGCAAAAUCCCAAGGAAAUACAGGACACACUCCAAUAUGCAUCUCGGCAAGGAUAUCAAUACCACAUGCAGAUAGUCAACAAGCAUGACUACUGUACACUCUUCCAGUGCGCACUGGUGAGAGUGUCCACUCAGUCAUUGGUGUUGUUCAAGCAUGGUCUGUACAAAGGUGACACCACCUAUGUAGAGUCUGUCAGCAACAACAACAGCACAGUGAUUGUCUGGUGCAUCCCCAGGAUCAAUCUGUGUCCCAAGAUGGUCAGGGAACAAGCAAAGAAGAUGAUCUUCUUGAUGCAAUCCCCAGCUGUGAAGCAAUCCACAGAGAUACAGACAGUGUCCUCCAUACAACCUCCACAAAUCCAGUGGCUGCCAUCAGUGCAACCCCCACCCAUCCUGUUCCAUAGUGAAGACGUGAUUGACUUCUAUGGCAAAGCAGCAGUUCAAGUCAAACACAACACUUUCAAGUUUCAUGGCACACACUUCAUUGGCAGUUUACUACAGAAGUCUGUCAAAAUAAGCCACUUGUCCCCUCAGUACAGCUUCACCUACAAGCUGUAUAGUGCCUUCAAUGGUGCACCACAGAUUCUGUGUGCCAUUAUAGAGAGACUUGCUGGGGAGUGGGUCAUGUAUGGCAGUACAAUCCCAGUUGUAUUGUCUGUGUCUUUGGUCUUCUAA